CAACAAACAAGUAUGGCGACUAUGGAGUUGUGAGAAUUGUUUUGAUGGUUAAAAUAAUCAAUUUUCAGCAUUUUAAAGCGUCGUUUCUGUGGGACUCGAGUUUAUUUAAACCAGCAAUUACGUCGGGACUCAGACCAUCAUGCCUUCUGCCUGCGACUCCCUGAUCGAAGACAUCGAGGAUAUGGUGUCUUCCAACGACCCCACUCCUCACGAAAGACAGACUGCCCGUAAAAGUAUCAUACCAAGGUCCAGGAAGAAGAAGGAAAAUCUAAGCAAUGAAGAGCUCCAAGCUGACAGUUUCAUCCCAGGCACCCAGAAAAUCUGGAUGAAAACGUGGGGCUGCAGCCACAACAACUCCGAUGGCGAGUACAUGGCCGGACAGCUGGCCGCCAGCGGAUACAAGAUGACCGACGACCCAACAGAAGCAGAUCUUUGGUUGCUCAACAGCUGCACUGUGAAAAACCCAGCAGAGGACCACUUCAGGAACUCAAUCAAAAAAGCUCAAGAGCAGCAGAAAAAGGUGGUGUUAGCCGGGUGUGUUCCUCAAGCCCAGCCACGGAUGGACUACCUCAAAGGUCUCAGCAUCAUCGGGGUCCAGCAGAUUGAUCGAGUGGUGGAAGUAGUGGACGAGGCUGUUAAAGGUCAUUCAGUUCGACUGCUGGGUCAGAAGAAAGAUGGAGGUCGAAGGCUCGGGGGAGCUCGCCUGGACCUGCCCAAGAUCAGGAAGAACCCUCUCAUUGAAAUCAUCUCCAUUAACACCGGGUGUCUGAAUGCAUGCACCUACUGCAAGACUAAGCACGCCCGAGGAGACCUGGCCAGCUAUCCCAUCGAGGAGCUGGCGGAGCGAGCCAGGCAGUCCUUCCAGGAGGGAGUGUGUGAGAUCUGGCUGACCAGCGAGGACACCGGGGCCUACGGUAGAGACAUCGGGACGGAUCUGCCCACCUUAUUAUGGAGACUAGUGGAGGAGAUUCCUGAAGGGGCCAUGCUGCGGCUGGGGAUGACUAACCCUCCGUACAUCCUGGAACACCUGGAGGAGAUGGCGAAGAUUUUGAAUCACCCGCGCGUGUACGCCUUCCUCCACGUGCCCGUGCAGUCGGCCUCCGACAGCGUGCUGAUGGACAUGAAGAGGGAGUACUGCAUCGACGACUUCAGGAGGGUGGUGGACUUCCUGUCAGAGAGAGUCCCGGGUAUAACUAUCGCUACGGACAUCAUCUGUGGGUUUCCUGGUGAGACUGACGAGGAUUUCCAAGAGACGGUGGAGCUGGUCAAACACUACCGAUUCCCCAGUCUGUUCAUCAACCAGUUCUACCCCAGACCCGGAACGCCCGCCGCCAAGAUGGAGCAAGUCCCAGCCCACGUGAAGAAGCAAAGGACUAAGGAGCUCUCACAACUCUUCCACUCUUACAACCCAUACGACCACAAGGUGGGAGAGCGGCAGCGUGUCCUGGUGACGGAGGAGUCGUUCGACUCUCAGUACUAUGUGGCUCACAACAAGUUCUACGAGCAGGUGCUGGUGCCUAAGAGGACGGAGUUCAAAGGGAAGAUGAUCGAGGUGGAUAUAUACGAGGCGGGAAAGCACUUCCUGAAAGGCCAGCUUGUAGAAGACAGCAAGCCGUUCACUCCCUCCAUUGCUGCUCCCCUUCAGAAAGGAGAAGUGUCGGGUUUGAUGAAGGAGGAUUUGGCCAAUGGCGUCCAGAAUCCAACACCGCCUUCAUGUGCCUUGCUCGUGGGCUCCUGCAGUGUGGACAGGGACCUGCUGAAGAGGCUGGGGCUCGGACUUGCGCUGGCUGCAGCCAUUUUAGCCUUCAUUUUUGAGAAACUGUACUAAGUGUGUAGUCCUCCAGACACUGCAGAGUUUGGUGGUCUUUGGUGUCAGCAGAGGAGAAAUAACCUCAUGGCCAACGCUGCAGCUCCAAACGCCACAAUUUUAGGUGAAAGUACUUUUUAAUUGGAAUCCACACCAGUCCAGGUUAGUCUUUUUUUUUUUUUUUUUUAUGAAGACGCUGCCACGACGGCUGCUGCUUUGACUUUCUCUGAACUAGUUUGGCGUUUAUUUUAUCUCGUGACGACGAUCUGUACAAUACUCUGAAAUGAUGUAACCUUGGUUUCAAAGUAUUUAUUUUAGAAAAGCUAUUUUCAGCACUGUGUCAUUGAAUGGAAUUUCUGUUGUUUAACGUGUUAAUCCAGUGUGUGUUGAUCCAAAAGAGCUUUCUAGUUCAUCUUUUUUUUGUUCUCAUACAUCAAACAGCAGUGGUCUCUGAUCUCCAUCUUAUCUUAAUGGGUAACGUGGCUGGCACCGGGCCAGGUGGAGAACCCCUGACCGCCGGGAUUAAUGGCCAGCGCUGACUGUGAUUGGUGAUGUUUGGAUGUGAUGGAGGUUGCGCUGUAUUAGCCUCAGUGGCGUCAUCCUGUGAGAUUCUGUCCUGUCACUCCGCCCCGGUGAAGGUCGUCCGUCUGAACGUAAGAGGGAAAACAUAUGGCCCCGAUAGUCUGUAGAAUUUGUAUUUCAGUCAUGGCAAAUCCAGUCCAAACAGCUUGUGUACCUUCCGGUGGCAGCUCGCUCAGCCAUCCAUCACCGCGAGAGUUUUUCUUUAUCUGUUAUUAAACUGAAGCCUCCCUGUGAGACA